CCUCUCCGGAGCAUCCCCAAGACGAGAGGAUGGGUGUAUACAAAGAAAGAGGGGAGCAGAUCGAACCAAACAGGAAGCUGGUUAGUUGGAGAACCAAUCCUACAUCGUCCAACAAUGGACGUCCCUUAGAGCUUCUUUAUGCAAUUGGAGGCACCACCAGUGGGGUGGAACGUUACAACCCCCUGGAUCACGAGUGGCAAAUUCUGGGCUCGGCCUCCAGACAGCGGAGUGGCAUCGGGGUGGCUUCCCUUAAUGGAUCCAUUUAUGCAGCUGGUGGCCACGAUGGACUUAUUUGCCUCAAUAGCGUUGAAAGAUAUUUGCCCGAAACAAAUGAGUGGAAGAGAGAUGUCGCCCCUCUUAGUGAACCCAAGCAAGAAGCAGCGAUGGCUGAACUCGGCGGUUACUUAUAUUGCGCCGGUGGCUUCGAUGGGCUGGUUUGCUUCAACACGUUGGAAAGGUACGACCCCGGACUGGACAGAUGGCAGAAGUUGACACCUAUGAAGUCUCGCCGAAAAGGCCUGGGUUUGGCCGCGCUGGAUGGAUAUCUAUAUGCCGUUGGGGGUUCUGAUGGCUAUUCUCCCUUAUGUUCAGUUGAGCGCUACGAUCCCAGAGAAGACCAGUGGUCCGCCUGCCCUCCGCUCCGCAGUUGUCGUGAAAACCUGGGUUGCGUUGCCUUGCAAGGCAAGAUCUAUGCCGUCGGAGGGCAGGAUGAAUUGACCGAACUCCGCAGUGCCGAGCGCUUUGAUCCUUCCACCAACCGAUGGACGCCUGUUAGGCCCAUGAGGUCAAAAAGGAGUAAGGUAAAUCUUGCUGCUAUCAAUGGGUAUCUCCUAGCCAUCGGUGGCUAUGACGGCAUCGUUCACGUUUCCACGGUUGAAGCCUUUGACCUGGACCUCAACACGUGGAGACGUUUCGGCAACACGAAAAGCCGUCACCCAGGUGGAGGCGUCUCCGUGAUCCAAAUGGCCACCGAAAAUGUGGAAUCCUUUGAGUCCCCUUGGAGCAGAUAACCAGAAGAUGAACCAGGAGUUCUAGUUCUAGGUUCACGUUAGGUAGGGUGAGUUCUUUAGCUAGAGCUGAGCAGUGGCAGGACAAAAGAGCUGAGGAUCCAUACCCGAAACAAGAUUAUUUAUU